CCUUUGGACCGCACGGUGGCCGGUGGGUCGCGCCUCCACGCAGCCAUCGUGGUGGAACUCUCUCCUCCACUCCCCCAGCUCGCCUCCGCCGCCGUCCACGGCGACCUCCACGCCGCCGUCAUAACCUACCGCCACCCGCCCAACCUACCACCACCGCCGCCACCCGGCCCGGGAUCGCGCGGAUCAGAUGCUAUCCCUGGGCGCCCUGCGCAAGCUCUGCGCCGCCUUCGACGCCGUCGCGCUCACCGUCAUCGCCGCCGGCCUCUCCCACCCGCGCUGCCGCCCCUUCUCCUCCCGCGCGCCCUCCCCGCCGCCGGACUUCCCCACCAUUGCCGCCUGCCGCGCCGCGCUCGCCGCUUCCAACACCCGCCCCCAGCCCUCCUCCCCGCCCACCAAUGCGGAAAGGCCCUCAGACUCCGACACCCCCGUGCUGGUCAGGAUCAAGCGCGAGCGGGACCCAGUGCGACUCUACGACCUCUUCACCGCCAACGCGGACAACCGCGUGCUGGUGGAGAACCGGUUCGCCUUCGAGGACGCGGUGGGGCGGCUGGCAGGUGCUCGACGGAACGACCUCGUCGAGAAGAUCCUCGAGCAGCACAGGGCGCUGCCGCAGGGGCGGCGGGAGGGGUUCGUGGUCCGGGUCAUCGGCCUCUACGGGAAGGCCCGGAUGCCGGAGCACGCGCUGCGGGCGUUCCGGGAGAUGGAGCUGCACGGGUGCCCGCGCACCGCCAAGUCGCUCAACGCCACCAUGAAGGUGCUGGCGCAGUCGCGGCGCUUCGACGACGUCCUGCAGCUGCUGGACGAGGCCUCCGCCACAUACGGGGUCGCGCUGGACGCCGUCUCGUACAACACCGUGGUCAAGAUGGCGUGCGACAUGGGGGAGCUGCGCGCGGCGUACCGGGUCAUGCAGGAGAUGGAGAAGGAAGGGGUGCGGCCCGACGCCGUCACGUACACGACGCUCAUGGCCGCGUUCUAUAAGAGCGGCCAGCGCGAGGUCGGGGACGGCCUGUGGAACCUCAUGCGGCUGAGGGGCUGCAUGCCCACGCUCGCCAGUUACAAUGUCAGGAUCCAGUUCCUCAUCAACAGGAGACGGGGCUGGCAGGCGAAUGACCUGGUGCGGAAAAUGUACGCAGCAGGCAUAGGGCCGGAUGAGAUCACGUACAACUUGGUUAUCAAGGGGUUCUUUCUGAUGGGCGAGCAUGAGAUGGCGCAGACCGUCUUCGGUGCCAUGCAUGGGAGGGGAUGCAAGCCGAAUGAUAGGGUUUACCAGACGAUGGUGCAUUACCUGUGUAAGCGGAGGGACUUCAACCUGGCGUUUAGGUUGUGUAAGGACAGCAUGGAGAAGAACUGGUUCCCCAGUGUUGAUACCAUUCACCAUCUGCUGCAAGGCCUCAUGAAAAUUAGAAAGGACAGGAAUGCGCGAGAGAUACUGAAGCUCGUUACGGAGAGACAACCUUCCUACUCAGCUGAUGAAGUGAAGGCCUUCCAAGACAUAUUGUCUCAUGGGAAGACUGGAAGAAGUUGACUGCCGGAUGGGAAGUUUUGCUGUAAAUCCGCCACAUGUAACUGUUAUAUUUGAGCAAAAUCUGAGAAGUUGACUGCUGGAUGGAAAGUUUUGCUGUAAAUCCACCACAUGUAACUUUGGUACUCUCUCCAUGCUUGAUUGAAAGGAGAAGGCAGCAUAGGAAAUAAUGAUGAAAAUACAGAACAGAAGUUGAGGGGAAUGGGGUCGCAUGGUCAUUGAGCAGCAUUGUUACCAGAACAAUCGGAAGUCACAAGGUAGGAGAAAAUGGUAGACGUUUUGAAAAACUAUAUCAAGAUUGUUGCUUGGAGCACUGGAGGGAAAACAAGCGUAUGACUGAUCGCGGUGAAGGGAACUUCCUGCCCAGAUUACCAACAAAUGGAGCAAGCUGCAAGUCACAGUUUGUGCUAACAACAUAGUCAACCGCAAAAGAUUUUUGUACCAACUGCAGGUUGGCAUAGCCAUAUUGAUACUCCCUCCGUCCGCAAAUAAGUGUACAUCUAGGUUUUGUGUUUAGUCAAACUUUUUAAACUUUGACCAAAUAUAUAGGAAAAAAUAGUAGCAUUUAUGACACUAAUUUAGUAUCCCGAGAUUUGUUUUGAAAUGUAGUUUCAAAUUAUACCAAAAUCUCAUUAUAUGUUGCUACUUUUUUUCCACGGUUGGUCAAAACUUAAAAUGUUUGACUUAGUACAAAAGCUAGAAGUACACUUAUUUGUGGACGGAGGGAGUAAGUUAGUAUAUCAUGAUGUAUCUCACUACAGCUGUAAAUUCUUGACAUUCUUUGUCCGGUUCAUGAUCUCAUUUGCAGGCA